AUUUUUUGACUUUUGAUGAGUGUUAAUACCUUGGUUAAUACUUAUACUACGCCCCGGAAAAGCAUUCUAUUUAAUUGUUAAAUUUCUUGGAUAAAACAACAUGAAUAACGAAAUAGAAAUUGCUCCAAUUAGAAAUCUUAACGAUUUCUUAUUGGAAUCUGCUCGAUUUCAGAUUCCCAACUUCAAGGAUCUUGAGAAGUGGUCUAACAGAGUGUGCCAAAAUCUUUUAUAUUAUCAGACAAAUUAUUUCUUUUCUGCAGUUGCUGUAUUUACUAUUAUUGGCAUCAUACAUCCAGCUAAAAUGUUGAGUGGGAUUUUGGCAGUACUAAUUGCUUUUGGAUUGUUUUGUUAUGUGACAAAUGCCAAACGACCUGCUGCUAAGUUCAAACGGGAUCAUCCUUUCAUCAGUAUUCUGGUCAUUUUUUCUGGUGGUUAUUUUGUAGUCUACAUGCUUGGUUCUGUUCUGGUUUUUCUGUUUGGAAUACUUUUACCUGUUGCUUUAAUCUUUAUUCAUGCCUCAAUGAGACUUCGUAACCUUCGAAAUAAAGUGACUAACAAGAUCGAAAAUAUUGGAUUCAAAAAGACUCCAAUGGGGCUGUUUCUGGAAGCUCUUGGACAAGAGCAUUCACCAAUUUCAUAACUUGAUUAGAAAUAAAUGUUUAUGGUAAACUUCGCAAAAUUUAUUUCUUCAAGCUCUUGGAAAGUAUUUUCUAUUCAAGUGCAAAGUGUAUACAGGGUUCGCCAAUAUACAUCAGUCGAUAUA